AUGGAGAAUUCGGUGGAGACGACGAUGAACGGUGAUAACUCAGCUCCGAGCAGAUUAGUGGAGGAAAGGCUUGAUGAGAUUCGCAGAGUAAUGGGCAAAGCCGAUGACGACCCGUUACGGAUCGUUGGUGUAGGAGCUGGUGCUUGGGGAAGCGUCUUCACUGCAAUGUUGCAGGAAAACUACGGCAGAUUCAGGGGAAAAGUCAGCGUGAGAAUCUGGAGAAGAGGAGGGAGAGCGAUCGACAAAGGCACAGCGGAACAUUUGUUCGAAGUGAUCAAUUCGAGAGAGGAGCUGCUAAGGAGGUUGAUAAGACGGUGCGCGUAUCUCAAGUAUGUGGAAGCUAGGUUAGGGGAUAGGGUUUUGUACGCGGACGAGAUAUUGAAAGAUGGGUUUUGCCUGAAUAUGAUCGAGACUCCUCUGUGUCCAUUGAAAGUCGUGACUAAUCUGCAGGAGGCUGUUUGGGAUGCUGAUAUCGUCAUCAACGGUUUGCCGUCGACCGAGACUUUUCAGGUGUUCAGUGAGAUUAGUAAGUACUGGAAGGAGAGGGUUACAGCUCCUGUCAUCAUCUCAUUGGCUAAGGGUGUGGAAGCAGAGUUUCAUCCUCAUCCUCGGAUUGUUACUCCUACUCAAAUGAUCUAUCGAGCGACUGGUGUUCCUCUUGAGAACAUUCUCUACCUUGGAGGACCUAACAUCGCUUCCGAGGUUUACAACAAAGAGUACGCUAAUGCACGGAUCUGCGGGUCUGAGAAAUGGAGGAAGCCUUUGGGGAAGUUUCUAAGGCAGACUCAUUUCAUUGUGUGGGAUAACAGUGACCUUGUUACUCAUGAAGUCAUGGGUGGUUUGAAAAAUGUUUAUGCCAUUGGCGCAGGAAUGGUGGAUACACUGACAAAGGAAAGUGCUACCAGCAAGUCAGUCUACUUUGCGCAUUGUACUUCAGAGAUGAUUUUUAUAACUCAUCUGUUGGCCAAGGAGCCAGAGAAACUCGCUGGGCCUUUGCUCGCGGAUACCUAUGUCACAUUGCUAAAAGGUCGUAAUGCUUGGUAUGGCCAGAAGCUUGCAAAAGGAGAACUUAGCCUUGAAAUGGGUGAUAGCAUCAAAGGCAAGGGAAUGAUUCAGGGGGUUUCUGCGGUGAAAGCAUUUUUCGAGUUAUUAAACCAAUCCUCGUUGAGUCUUCAACACCCUGAAGAGGGCAAACCUGUAACCCCUGCUGAGCUCUGUCCCAUCUUGAAGAUGCUCUACAGAAUUCUCAUAACAAGGGAGUUCUCGUGUGAGGCGGUUCUUGAGGCCCUGAGGGAUGAGACAAUGAAUGACCCACGUGAACUCAUCGAGAUUGCUCACAGCCAUCUCUUCUUCCAGCCAUUGCUUCUUGGUCAGAAACCUUGA